AACCAAAUUGAGACCAAAGCUGAAACUUGGGAACAUGUUAGUGGAUUAUGUCCAAAUUCAAACUGACUAAUCAUUUGGGCUCUAAAAAUUAAAAAAAUCCCCAUGAUAAAUGGACGUUGUAAACAAGUGACCCCACAGCCUCCUGCAUGAAAAAGGUUGCUAGCACUUGCUGAUGGAUGGCUAGGCAGCUUUGGAGCUAAGACAUGGAAGAAAGUUGACCCCACUUUGAAACACAAUCCAAAAACAUUGUUCUCCAUUUCUCUCUCUAUUAUCUCCUUAUGAUCCUAGCUUUAUUCAUUUGAAUUUCAAAUCCAUUUUUUUUCUUUUUUUUGAGAAAGAACACACAGAAUAAUAUAUAUUGCAGAAAAUUUGAGUUUUGGAAAAAAUUUGCCAACAGACAUGGGAGACUCAGCUUGUCUCAUGCAACCAUUUUCUUACACUGCAGGCAUUCCCAAUGAAUCCAAGGAGGGCAACCCAGUUGCUGUUCUUGGACAGUCAAUAUCUUUUGGGAGAUUUAUGUCAGAUCAGUCCUUAGCUUGGGAGAAAUGGUCAACUUUUUCUCACAAAAAAUAUGUAGAAGAGGCUCAGAGAUAUGCUAGACCCGGUUCAGUUGCUCAAAAGAAAGCUUUCUUUGAAGCUCAUUACAAGACCCUUGCAGCUAGGAAAGCACUGCUUGAGCAAGCCAAAGCUAAUGAAGGUAUGGUUCAGGAUAUUGGAACUGAAGUCUCAGAGAUAAUGAACUUAAGCUCUCAAAUGGCAGCCCUUGGCCAUGAAGAAACUGGCUCCAUUUAUGAUGGUAAAGAGAAUAAUAACUCGGAUUUUGUCGAGUUUGAGAGCAGCAUAGUGGAAGGAGGUGACUCAGUUGGUGAACACAAUGUUCUUUUGGAAAUUAAUUUGAAGAAUGAAGCUGAAAUUAAAGAUUUGGAGCUUAGUGAAGCAACCCAUGUGGAGAAUCUCGAGAAGAAGGUUAACCAGUCGAGAAAGCUUGAGGAAGUAAUGGAAUUGGAGCUCAGUGAAGAAACCCAGAUAGGGAAACCUCUACUUAAGAUGUCGAGUUAUGGAAGAAGAACCAAAGUGCCAUCUUCACCUGCUAUUCGUCCCAACAAAGGGAAUAAUGUCACUCCAAUGUCCAACAAGUCUGCAAUGGAGAUUUCUGAUAGAAAGAGAUCAACUCCAAAAUCAAGUCAUAAGUUUAUCAACUCCACCCCUGCAAAAGAAAUCAGUAGAUUAACUUCCACCAUUAUUAGAAAGAUAGGUGGUUCAAGAAUUGCUUCCAAUUCUAAACCAUCUAAAGAAUUCCCCACGCCUUUAAGGACUUCAAACAUGGCCUCUACAAGUGGAAGACCAAAGCAGUCCUUAGCCACUCCAUGGUUGGAAAAUAGAAGUGCUAGAAUGCCCUUUAAUUCCUCAGCCAGUGUGAGCAAAACAUCUCGUGGAAAAUGGAACCUUCUUCCAACAGAGAAAAAAUCCAAGUACCCUGCUAUAUUUGCACCUUUCAGUUUGAGAACUGAAGAGAGAGCUGCAAGAAGAAAACAGAGGCUUGAAGAGAAAUUCAAUGCAAGUCAAGAACAAAAAGUAGAGCAGCAAACGACACUCAAGAAAAAAGCUGAAACAGAACUGAAGAAACUACGUCAAGGCUAGACCAAUUCCAGAUUUUUAUAAAGAAAGAAGAACAAUUAAAGAUGAAAUGCAAAAGGUUCCAUUGACGCGACCAGAAUCAGCUGGCGUAGGAAGAAAAUCCACUCCCAGGAAAGCAAAUAAUCAUUUCCACAUCAAAAGUCUUCAGUUAAGAAGCAAAUUUCAGUUGCAAUGGCUGCUAAUCACAUUUGAUAAGAUUAAACACAAGUUUGGAUGCCUAAAAUUGGAUGGAAAUAGAAGGCUGUCCGGAAAUUCCCUUUUAAUUCUUUUUAAUUCAUGUUUGUAUGCACCUUUUGUUUGGGUAUUUAAUAGAGCAUUGUUUUAUUUAGAAAAAAGGCUAAAUACAAACAAAAGGCAAUACAUGGAAAGAUUGAGUCUGCCAAUCACAGUUCUCUCAAUAAACACCACCCUUCAUCUUCCUCAAUGUCUAGCAUGAAAUCCACAUCACAAUAACUCGUAUCGUCGUCGUCGUCGUCAUCGUUCUGCUUGUCAUGCAGAGACCAAAA